UUUAUUAGUUUGCUCGUGACAAAAUACAACUAGUUUUUCUGUUAAUAAAAUCCAAGUCAAGAUAUUAUAGGAAAUAAACCCCAUAUGUUGUUUUUAUUCUUACAUCAUUUGUCGUAGGGUCCCUUCUUCUUAUCCUCUUAACCAACUAAUAAUAAUGUAAGUAAACUUAAUCUUCCUUAAUAAACACCUUCAAUACUCUCUCCUCUCCUCUCUUGAACCAAACCUCUCCUCUCUCUUUCUCUCCCUCUUCUCCUCCUCAUUCUUCCUCCAUGGAAUCCCAAUCUCACUCCCCACCAUUGCCAUCACCACCAGUCAAAACCUACGAACUAACAGCCUCAUCAAUCUCCUACACAAAGUCAACAACAGGUACCAUAACAUCACUCCCACCCUUGGAUCUCAUCUUCAAAUCAUGCACCAAAACCCCACCAACCCACAUACUCAGAGAUAUCUCCUUUACCGCCACACAUUCCGAAAUCCUAGCCGUUGUCGGUCCAAGCGGUGCCGGAAAAUCCACUCUUCUAGACAUUUUAGCAGCCAGGACAUCCCCAACAAAGGGCACCCUUUUCCUCAACUCUUCACCUCUCAACCCUUCAUCUUUCCGCAAGCUCUCAUCCUACGUACCUCAACACGACGCCUGUCUACCUCUCCUAACCGUCUCCGAAACAUUCGCCUUCGCCGCCCGCCUCCUCUUCCCCAAGACCACCGACGUAAACGACAUCAUUUCCUCCAUCCUCACCGAUCUAAAGCUCAGCCAUCUGGCCGAUGUUUUGCUCGGACACGGCCUCUCGGGUGGCGAAAGGCGGCGCGUUUCGAUAGGGUUGAGUCUUCUUCAUGACCCUGCUGUUUUGAUCCUAGACGAGCCAACCUCUGGUCUUGAUAGUACCUCGGCUUUCAACGUUAUGCAAAUCCUUAAGUCCAUCUGCGUUUCGCGUUACAGGACUGUCGUUUUGUCUAUUCACCAACCGAGUUUUAAGAUACUCUCUUCUAUUGAUAAAAUUCUUUUGUUGUCUAAAGGAAGUGUUGUUCAUCAUGGCACACUUUCUUCUCUUCAGUCUUUCUUGCUCUCUAAUGGUUUCUCUGUUCCUUCACAGCUCAAUGCCUUAGAAUAUGCAAUGGAAAUACUUGGCCAACUUCAUGAGUUAAAACCGGAGAUAACUACUACUCCAUCUCCAAAUAAUAAUAAUAAUAUAAAUUAUAGUACUCAUAACUCAAAUAUGGUGAGGUAUAAGAGUUCAAGAAUACAUGAAGUAGUGACUUUGUACUACAGGUUUUGGAGGAUCAUUUACAGAACAAGACAGCUUCUAUUAACCAACACAUUGGAGGCUCUCAUUGUUGGCCUUGUCUUAGGAACCAUUUACAUAAACAUAGGCUUCAACAAAGAAGGCAUCGAAAAAAGGUUUGGUCUUUUUGCUUUUACUCUCACUUUCCUUCUCUCUUCCACAACCGAAACACUUCCCAUAUUCAUAAAUGAAAGGCCAAUAAUUAUAAGGGAAACAUCAAGUGGGGUUUAUAGACUCUCAUCUUAUCUCAUAGCCAAUACCCUUGUUUUCUUGCCUUACUUGUUUGCCAUAGCCGUCAUUUACUCAAUCUCGAUCUAUUUUUUAGUUGGUCUUUGUGCAACAUGGCAAGCCUUUGGUUACUUUGUCUUAGUCAUUUGGGUUAUUGUUCUUAUGGCAAACUCUUUCGUCCUUUUCUUAAGUUCAUUGGCCCCAAAUUACAUUGCUGGAACAUCACUAGUGACUAUACUUUUAGGGGCUUUUUUUCUCUUUUCAGGCUAUUUUAUUUCACAAGAAAGUAUGCCUAAGUAUUGGCUCUUCAUGCACUUUUUCUCAAUGUACAAAUAUGCCCUUGAUGCCCUUCUUAUAAAUGAAUAUGGUUGCCUUGUGUCAACGUGUUUGAUGUGGUAUGAAGAAGAUAAGAAAGAAUGUAUGGUUACUGGAGCCGACGUUUUACAGCAGAGAGGGCUCGAUGAGAGGCAAAGGUGGACUAAUAUUUACAUCUUGAUUGGGUUUUUUGUGCUUUAUCGAGUGCUUUGUUUGCUGGUUUUGAUCAGAAGGGUUUCAAGGUCAAAAAAGUGAAAUAUCUCUUCAUGGAUAUAAGAAAAUUUCAAGAUUAUUAUAUAUUAUACAUAUUAAUGUCAAACUUUUUGUAAUUUUUUUUUUCUUCUUUUCAUUGGUUUUAAGAGCUAAACCAAUUCCUGUGAUAUAUAUAUAAAAAUGAUUACUCUGCC